GUCUGCUGGCAGGGGUGAACAUCACCAGCCCCACGCCGCUGGUCCGCGGCACGGCGGGCAAAGCGGCGCUGCUGUCGGUGCGCUACGCCAGCGCCAGCGCCGACAAGCCGGUGGUCAAGUGGCAGCUGAAGCGUGACAAACCCGUCACCGUCGUCCAGUCCAUCGGCACCGAGAUCAUCGGCAACCUACGGCCCGAUUACCGUGACCGCAUCCGGGUGCUGGAGAACGGCUCGUUGCUCAUCAGCCCCUUGCAGUUGGCCGACGAAGGCGCUUACGAGGUGGAGGUGUCCAUCACCGACGACACCUUCACCGGCGAGAAGACCAUCAACCUCACCGUGGACAUCCCCAUCUCGAAGCCGCAAGUGCUGGUGGCCUCCUCGACGGUGCUGGAGCUCAGCGAGUUCUUCACGCUCAACUGCUCGCACGAGAACGGCACCAAGCCCACCUACACCUGGCUGAAGGACGGGCGGCCGCUGAGCAACGACUCCCGCCUGCUCCUCUCCCCCGACCAGAAGAUCCUCACCAUCACCCGCGUCCUCAUGGCUGACGACGACGUCUACAGCUGCCUGGUGGAGAACCCCAUCAGCCACGGCCGCAGCAUCCCCGUGAAGCUCACCGUCUACCGCCGGAGCUCCCUCUACAUCAUCCUCUCCACGGGCGGCAUCUUCCUCCUGGUCACCCUGGUGACUGUUUGCGCCUGCUGGAAGCCCUCCAAGAAGGAGAAGCGGCAAGCGGAGACGCAACCAGCCUCCGAGUACGCCGAGCAGGACGAGGAGCGCCUGAAGCACGAGGCCGAAGGCAUCGCGCGGAGCGGCGAGCACGACCGCAAAAACCCGGUGGCCUUGUACAUCCUCAAGGACAAGGACUCGCCGGAGGCAGAGGAGGAUUCGCCACCCGAACCCCGCGGCAUGGUUGAACCGGGUUACACCAGCUCGCCGGCACCAGCAGCCGGUCGCUCGCCGGGACCGGUGGGGCGUUCGACUCGUCGUUACCAUCGCUCGCCGGCUCGCUCGCCCGCCUCAACGCGCACGCACAGGUCGCCGCCGGGUUCGCCGGCGCGUUCCCGCAGCACCCCGCGGCUGCUGCGGACUGCCGGCGUCCACGUCAUCCGGGAGCAGGAGGAGGCCAACGCCGUGGAGAUCAGCGCCUGA